AUGGCGGAAGGCGGCGGCGGCGCGUCGCCUCCCGACUCGGGCGGUCUCUGGCAGCAGAUCCUGAGCCUCCGCUUGACCCCGCGCACGGGCAACGCCACCACCGGCGCCUGCGCCGCCGCGCUCUGCCACUUCUCAGAGAUGUGGUAUGGAGUCUUCCUGUGGGCACUGGCAUCGUCUCUCUUCUUCCACAUCCCUGCAGGACUGCUGGCUCUUUUCACUCUCCGGAGGCACCGAUACGGCAGGUUCAUGCCAGUCAGCAUCUUCCUGAUGGGCAUCGUUGGGCCAUUAGCUGCCGGGACCUUAACAAGUGCUGUGAUUGCCGGGGUCUACCGAGCUGCUGGGAAGAAGAUGAUCCCCGUUGAGGCUCUGACUUGGGGAGUGGCACAGACCUUCUGCGUGGUGGUGAUUUCCUUCUUACGGAUUUUGGCUACUCUUUAG